AUGGCGAGCGCAAUUCCGGUGGUAGAUUUCUCUUCGCACAAUAUAUUAAAUAGCGAAAAUUUUGAUGAAACAAAUCCUGAAAUAAACAAACUUGCGCAAGAAAUUUAUGACGCUUUUACUACAGUUGGAUUUGUGCACAUCAAAAACCAUGGAAUUCCCGAAUCUGAGGUAAUGUAUAAAAUACUUUAUAAUAUCUGCCCCCCCGUGUGGAGGAUACAUGUUUUCCUUGAAGAAUUCCAAGCUCAAAACCUUUUAGGCCACUACAAGUUAAUCUUUAGUUUCUGGUCCGGCCUUACCUUCGUUUAUGACGCGGGCGGGCGGGUGGUUAGGACUAUAGGACAUAAUUACAAUUGUGGCUUUACCCACUUUUUUUGUCUUUCUUGUUCCUUUUCAUGCUAAUUGCAUCAAAAUGUUAUGAAAUUUUACAUAAGAUUACAAAGGAUUUUACAUAUCAAAAUGAUCUAUUAAUAUUUCCAGUUUUUUUUACCUCGUAAUAUCGAUAAGGCAGCGGUUUUUACCAUUCAAUACUACAUUUUGCUAGGUCUUUUUAGUGUAAAUUGAAUAUUUAUCUAUAUAAAGCUAAAUCCUUCGCGAAAAUUUUCAAGAACUAGAAAUUAAUUGUAAAUAACAAAACAGUCCUGAAAUAAUACUUUACGGAGAAAGCACGCGGGCGGCGGACCAGAAACUAAAGAUUAACUUGUAGUGGCCUUAUCAUUGAAGAAUAUUUCCAGGAGUCCUUGAUAGCCCAUAUUAGUACAUAUGAUUCACUUGAUGACACAUACUCCAUUUAUACUACACAAAUUUUGCCUAAAACUGUCGCAUCACGUGGCAUGCAACCUGCUUACAACUUGAGUUGUACUGUGUAAAUCAAGCACACAACCAACUUAGAACAACAUAGGCGAAUUGUGUGAUUGAUUGACACAGAUAAAUUCACAUACUUCCGGGUGUAUUCACAUAUCAAAAUGAGAAGUUUGUUGCAAGUCAACGUUUUGGCGAACUACGAAAGUAUUAACCAAUCAACAUUCACCAAAUUUUAAAAUUUAAAAGAAAAUUUGUAGUGGAAAACAGCGUUUCCAAUGAAGUCUGCAUAUAAAAAAUCAUACUGAACAUCUGACCAAAAAGCAUAAAACAUAUUCCAAACCAAAACUGCAAAAUCUAGGUAUGAAGAUUUUUACCACAGUUUCAGGCCCAAAUAAAUGAAAGCCAUACAUGGCAGCAGAUAACUGUAUAGUGUGUACCCCUCAGCCAUAACUGGAAAGUUUGGAAAUUGCGCACCAGGGGCCAGUUGUAUAAAAAGUGAUUAAAGUUAAUUAUAGUUAGUGGAAACGUCACCCAAUGGGAAGAGAAUUGAAAAUUAAUCACUAUUUAACUACAAAAUAGUGAUUAAAAAAGUGAUUAAGAGUUUUAUACAACCGACCCCUGAGAUUUAAAAAUUUCACAGUAAAUAUAGAGAAAUUGCAUCAAAAUUUAGCGUCUGCAUUUCUUUCCAUAUUGGCUGAACUUGUGCCAGAGCUGUGUUUGGUAUAGAGUUGUGGCAUUUAGUUUCUAAACUUUUCUAAUUAGAUUUCAGAAUUAUUUAAAGUUGGGGAAAAGUUCUUCAAGCUGUCAUCAGAGGAGAAAGAAAAAUUUGCCAGAGGUUUAACAACAGUUAAUCAUGGAUAUGUCGCAGCAGGGGUUGAGAUGUAAGACGUCUGAGUCACAGAGUAAGUACAUACAGGAGCUUCUCUUGAUGUCGGCGUAAGGGUUUUUUUGAAAAAUGUGCCAUGUUCUUAGUACGUAAACUGCGCAUCUGCAGGUACUGGCUAAGAACAUGGCGGCCAAAAAACCCCACCUUUUUCAUAGAGAUAAGCCUCUGUAUGUUACUCUGUGUCUGAGUAUUAUUGAUUUGUACUACAUGAAGUGCUGGGUAGCUUAUUCAGGAGCAAACAGACUGUAUUUUGUUUGCAAGAUCUGUAGUUAUCAGAGAGAUGAGCAAGCAGAGGAUGGGAAAAAAGAAGGCUGGCAAACAAUACAUUUGACAGGGGAAUUUACUGGGGUGUUAACACUGCCCCCCUCUAGCCCUGGCCCUAGAGGGGGUGCUAUUUUUUGUGAUGUUCAAAGCAAAAAAAUAUUAGAGACAAAAUGAGAUACAGUAGUUUGAGUAAACAUGAUGAUAAGCAAACUGUGAACAACAAUUACAAAUCAAGUAUGUACGGUAGUCAAGCAAGUCUCUGCAGUAGUCAAGCAAGUUGAUGGGCAGGCGGCACACAUGACCGUGUCAACUCAGUACUACAGCUGGCAGAACACCCCCCCCCCACCCCCACCAGAUCAUGCUGAAUCCAUUCCUGACAGUUGAUCAUUGAAAUAAACUUUUCUCUUCUUUAGGACAGACCCCAGCAAACCUACAGAUUUUAAGGAAGCAUUUAACGUAACAGAACCAUUCAACAAUGAGUUGCCCUGGCCUGAUGGAGAGUGUUCAGAUUUUAAACCGACUGUGAACAGCUUUUUCCGUACCUGUGGAAAAUUGUCACUUGGAAUUUUAGAUUUGAUUUCACUUGGACUCAAAUUGGAGGUUAGGAUAUUGUUUGAUUAGAAUUGAUGAUUUUUGAAUUCCAGUAAGUGAACAGCUGCCUGUCAAAUGCUGAAGCUAACUGCAAUCCUUGGUCAGAACGUCUUAUGCUUAAGUAAAGUAGAAAAUUUUUCUGAAUACAUUUUGAAAUAUUUAUCGACGAUAUUUUAUAAGAGUCGUACUCAAGACGUAAAUUCAUCAAAUGAUGCCAUCAAAAACUUAAAAUUUCCUGGUCUGUGGCCGAAUUUUAUUCAUCAGCUGACAAUCUUGUUGGCUUGAUAUAUGAAAAUGUUCCAGCAGUUGGGUUGGAGCAAAUUAGCAGACACUCCAUUUUGACAAUAUGAAACAUAACUCAAAAAAUUUUUUUAAAGUGAAGCCCGGCAAGUUUGGACCACACAGAGCUAACUGCAAUUGUUUUUGUCUACCUGGAAGAAAAAUACUAAAUAUACAGACAUGAGGUACAGUUUGCAUACUGCCCCUACUGUAUAAGGAUGGGGGAUUUACAGAAUCUUAGCCUCCGCAGACUGCACAGGUAUUCUUCUGAGGGGUGGGGCGUUGCCUGCGGAAGAGGUUCUGCAGUUUAGUUUUCUCCUGUGUUGAAGGGUUUUUCUGGAUACUCUCACCAAAAACUAACCCAUCCACAUAUGUUGUGUUUUAUAAUCAGACAGAUUAUACAGUAUCACCCAGGUUAUGACCUAGUGAGCCUUUGACCCGAGCUCUGCUCUUUGCAAUUCAAUUUCAAGGAAUGAUGACAAGCGCCCCUUUAUUUUUAAUUAGGAUAGAAAAUUGCUGCGGCGAACACAUAGGAAAUUCGGUACUCUAGAGAGCAAGACAACGUUAAGACUUCUCUAUUACCCAGUAAUGACAGAGUUGAAGGAAGGACAAGUACGUUUGGGAGAACAUGGUGAUUACGGAACUAUCACGCUUUUAUUCCAAGACCAAACUGGAGGAUUGGAGGUAAUACUAAACUAACUUUAUUUAUACUGGAUAGCUCUACCAGUUCUAAACUGUUCUUCCUAGAGAUCCAGUAAGGAUCAUCUCUUAUUGAUCCAGUGUUACUACAGGAGGAAACCUAAACUAAACUAACUUUAUUAUUUUAUACUGGAUAGCUCUAUCAGUUCUAAACUGUUCUCCCUAGAGGUCCAGUAAGGAUCAUCUCUUAUUGAUCCAGUGUUACGUACCACAGGAGGAAACCUAAACUAAACUAAAUUUUAUUUAUAUUGGAUAGCUCUAUCAGUUCUAAACUGUUCUCCAUGAACUGUUCUCUAAACUGUCCAGAAGUAAGGGUUGUCCCUCUGGAUUCAGCUCAUCUUUCUGAAAAGCUCAACUUCAAAUAUUGUUUGAAAAUACAGAUACUUCAAAAAGAAGGAUUCGUGCCAGCUCGUCCUAUUGAGGGAACAAUCCUGGUCAACAUUGGAGAUUUAUUACAACGCUGGACGAAUGAUAAAUUAGUAUCAACGGUAAGUCACCCAUUCCUGGGCAUAACUUGUUAAAUAAUAUUUUAAUUUGCCUCUGUGAGAGUUUAAAUUGUAGUAGUAUCUUGCCUAAAACACCCCUUUCCUCCAACACAAUGUUGUUGAAUUACGUUCAAAAUGUGGAAAAAAUAAUGGCAACAUGAGAGUUGAGCAAUAUGAGAGUUGAGAAAACUUUCAUGCAAACUCUCGCUUCUCAACUGUCAUCAUCUCCCUUUCAUAAUCUCUCAUGCAAACUCUCGCUUCUCAACUCUCAUGCAAAUUCUCGCUUCUCAACUCUCAUGCAAACUCUCGCUUCUCAACUCUCAUGCAAACUUUCGCUUCUCAACUCUCAUGCAAACUUUCGCUUCUCAACUCUCAUGCAAACUUUCGCUUCUCAACUUUCAUGCAAACUCUCGCUUCUCAACUCUCAUCAACUGAACUCUCGUUUGAGCGAAGGUUUAGAAAGUGUUGUUUUUUGUUCAGAUACAUCGUGUUGUUGUCCCACAUGAAGAGUUACGACGCUUAACUGCACGUCAAUCAAUGGCAUUCUUUGUCCAUCCCGAUAAUGACGUGAUUAUCGAGUGUCUGGAUAACUCAGGACAUUAUCCACCCAUAACAUCCCUGGAAUAUCUCAACCAGAGACUUUUUGCGACAUAUCUGUAA